AUGAAACAACAAAGUAACAAAGAUAAAGUAAAUAGCACAGAUAUAUUUAAAUCUUCAAAGAAACAGUAUAAAAGUAACAUAACAGAUAUCAAUUUUGAUGAAUUUCUAUUAGAUCCGAGUGAAAUAAAGAACAAUUCAGCUAUUUUUAAAGAAUACACCGAAAAGCUUAAGUCUAGUGAAAAUAAAAAUAUUGAUGAAAGUAAAUCUAUUGAAGCAAACGAGCUUAUAGAAACUAACUCUAAGUAUGAGCCUAUUAAAGACUUUAAAAAGUUUAGUUUUAUGAAACAAAAUGGGUUUUUAAACCAAGUUGAGAGACUACCUACUAUUAUUCAACAAUAUGCUAUUCCAGUAAUACUCAAAGGUGAAAAUAUUGUUGUUAAAGCGCCUACUGGCAUGGGUAAAACUUUAUGUUUUGCAAUUCCAAUUAUAGAAAUGUUUAAAACUUCCAAUUAUAAAUCACUAAUUAUAUCACCAUCAAGAGAAUUAGCUGAACAAACUUUUAAUGAAUUUCAAAAUUUAAUAAAAAAUACUGAUAAGUUUAAUAAGAUAAAGGCAUGUACUGUAUGUGGUGGUAAAACAGAAUUGGAUAAUUAUGAUAAAUUUGAUAUAUUGGUUGCAACACCGGGUAGAUUGUUAGAUUUACUUGAAAGAAAGAAAAUUCUACUUGAUGAUUUAAAAUGCUUUGUUCUUGAUGAAGCUGAUAAGUUACUUGACAUGGGAUUUGAGAAACCAAUUAUGAAAGUUGUUAGUUAUUUCAAUUCUAAAGAAGUUCAGAAAAUAUUAGCUAGUGCAACUUAUCCAACUUCUAUUAAAAAUUUGAUUGACAGAUUAUUCGAUUCUAAUAAAAUAAGUGUUGUGAUGAAAGAAACUCAAAAGGAAAUAAAACAAGAAUUUAAAUUCUUUAAAGGGUUUAAUGAAAAGUAUAAUUUUCUAAUCAACUUUUUAAAUAACGAAUGCACUUUUAAAGGUAGUUGGGCUAAACAUACAUUACCAGAUAAGGUGUUGGUGUUUGUAGAAACUAAAAAACAUUGUGAAGAGUUAUUUAAUAAGUUAAAAACAACUAAUUUAUUGAUUGACUGUAUUCACGGUGAUAAAGAUCAGUUUAGAAGAAACAAAGCUAUUGGGUCAUUUAAAACUGAUAGAACUAACAUAUUAAUUGCCACUUCUGUUCUUUCAAGAGGAAUUGAUGUAAAAGAUAUUAAUUACGUCAUAAACUUUGAUUUUCCUAAAGAAAUUAAUGAGUAUGUACAUAGAAUUGGUAGAACAGGAAGAAUGGGUAAAAAGGGUGUAGCUAUUAACUUAAUCAACAUCAAUAAUGAUAAAUUAGACUUAAAUGAUCAACUGUUAAAUGAUUUAAUUAACUUUCUAAAAACAAGUUCUAAUGAGAUACCAUCUGAAUUAUUAAAUAAGAACAAGUUUAAAUCAAAAAAUAAGCUUAAAAUAAAAAAAGAUAAUUUAUAUGAAAAGAAGAAAAGUGAUGGUGAAGAAGAUAAAUUAAGUUAUGAAGAGAAAAAAACAGAUGAUGUUGAGGAAGAGUUAGUUCAAUGGUAA